AGCGCAGAGAAUGCAGGUCUAUGUAAAUCAGACAGCAGCUACUUUCCAGUAGAUUCACAGAAUUUCUACUCUACCAUGAUUCUUUGUGCACCCCUUGUAGCUAUAUUUGUACACUACUUGCCUUCCUUAUCUCUCCGUUCACUGUCUGUCACCACCCACUCGACAUCUCCUACUCUUCUAGCUACGUACGUAUCCAGCCAUUCGCGAAGGUCGAAAUGGCGGACAUGUUCUCCCCGCCGGCGCCUUCCCCUAUCGCUGCGGACGACCUCGCGGACGCGCGACUGGCGCCGUGGCCGUUCUCCCCAUGGCCGGCCCCCCACCGGGACGACGGCGGCGGCCGUGCGAAUCCUCUGUUCACCAUACUGCCGGUCUCGGCGCUGGGGAUAGGACUCGUGCUGCUCGUCGCCGUGGCCGUCAUCCUGGUGCUGACCCGCCGGGCGAAGCCCCGGACGGCGGACGCCGGCGGCAGCUGCAACAGCGACUACAAGCCCGGCGCGGCCGCGUCCAGCUGCGGCAGCCAUAACACCAGGUGCUACGCCGCCGCCGGCGCAGGGUGCAUAUACGCCGGGAGGCUGGGGUUCUUGGCGCAGCCGCGGAGCCGCGGCGCUCAGGUGUUCACGUACCGGGAGCUGGAGCGCGCGACGGACGGGUUCAGCGAGGGCAACGUGGUGGGCCGGGGCGCCUACGGCGUGGUGUUCCGCGGCCGGCUCGCCGACGGCACCCCGGCCGCCAUCAAGCGGCUGAGGCUGGACCACCGGCGCCAGGGCGAGCGCGAGUUCCGCAUCGAGGUGGACCUGCUGAGUAGGAUGGACUCGCCGUACCUGGUGGGGCUGCUAGGCUACUGCGCCGAUCAGAGCCACCGGCUGCUGGUGUUCGAGUUCAUGCCCAACGGCAGCCUCAAGAGCCACCUCCACCCGCCACCGCCGUCCCCCGCCGGCGGCAAGCAGCACCCGCCGCUGGCCUGGCAGACGCGGCUGGGCAUCGCGCUGGACUGCGCGCGCGCGCUGGAGUUCCUGCACGAGCACAGCAGGCUCGCCGUGAUCCACCGCGACUUCAAGUGCAGCAACAUCCUGCUCGACCACAACUACCGCGCCCGCGUCUCCGACUUCGGCAUGGCCAAGGUCGGCUCCAACAAGGCGGACGGCCAGGUCGUCACCCGCGUGCUCGGCACCACCGGAUACCUUGCCCCAGAGUACGCGUCGACGGGGAAGCUGACGACGAAGUCGGACGUGUACAGCUACGGGGUUGUUCUCCUCGAGCUGCUGACCGGCCGGGUGCCGGUUGACACGCAGCGGCCGCCUGGACAGCAUGUCCUGGUUUCAUGGGCCCUUCCACGACUCACAAACCGACAGAAACUUGUGCAGAUGGUAGACCCUGCUUUGAAAGGCCAGUUUGCCCUGAAGGAUCUGAUUCAGGUCGCCGCCAUCGCCACCAUGUGCAUACAGACGAAGGCGGAGUACCGGCCGCUGAUGACGGACGUGGUGCAGUCGCUGAUCCCCAUCGCGAAGACUACCCCCGUCAUCUCCUGCUCCUCCACGCCGCUCAGACCCGUGCAGCAUGUCGUCUACAUGAGCCCACAGUGCGCCAAGACUUCCUAGUUAUGUGCUGUCGCCGCCUGGCCUGGUGUCAUCGACGGCAUGCCGACGACUCAUACGACCGAAGAGCUUAACUACAAAUCGCUCGCCUCAGUUGCCCGGAUCGGUCAAGCUCGUUCCACGGUUAUUUUCUGAACCUACUUCUUGCUGUAUGGAGUUACCGUCUUCUUCAGGACUUGGCAAGCCAUCCUUGCAGUAGUGCAAUAUAAUGUGAUCAUAUUCAGGCGACAAAAGUGUACGGACUAUCAUUUUUUUGUACGAACUUACUUACAAGAUAAGAUGAAAAUAGUAAUAGUAUAUAUAUUUUUCCCGUGA